AGCGACUGCGUAUUCACACUUCGGUGAGCAUAACAUCCCCGGUCGUCACGACAGAUGCAGUCUCAUACCUAUUCCGAAUGCAUCAACACCAAAAUCUACAGCACUGUUGAGUUCCAUUCGAUUGGAUACCGCGUCUGGACAUUGCGCGACGUCAAGCUCUACAGCGGGACGAGCCUUGUCAACGUAUUGACAACCAUAGAAAGCGCCGAUCUCGGCACGGCGUGGACGACGUUUUUCCUCAUCUCGUACCAGGCCAACUCCAGCCUGCACUUCACGGCGGUCGACACCUGGUCGGAGCUGUCUGGCAUAUCGUUCAUGCUCAUCAACGCGCAAACGGGCUCGCGCAUCCAGUACGACUCCCGUGCCGGGUCAAAUAGGACGACCAACCGCACGGACAAGUCAUCAGGGGGUUCGUACCAGAUGCGCCCGCUCGCCGUGAAGAUCACUAGCGUGGUUGACCAUGACGACGCCCUCGAGGCGAAGUGCGCGGAGAGCCAUGGUGGAAGCUUCAUUCCGAGUUCUCAAUGAUGCACGUUGCGGCGAAUCGCCCUAUGAUUUUGUGUACUUCACUUAUUGGUUGAUUAUACAGUGCCGCGCACCGUUUGGCACUGUGGUCGUGCUCGCAGCCAGGUGAUCGUUGUUGCUGUCCUCGGAUGCUCUCGUGGACAAAAUGCUGUCUCACGUACAUCACGACAUAAUAUUUAGUCCGAUAGAUACAGCACAUAUUCAUAUCCGAACUAUGGUCAGCC